AAAAUAACAGUCUAGUUUUGAAACGCAAACGAAACGGUUGAAAAAUAUCCAGUGAAAUUGGAAUAAAUAAAAAGAAAUCGUAUAAAAUUAAAAAAAAAAUCAAAAUAAAAUAUAAUAAAAUGCCUUUAAAAAAGAAAGACGAUUAUAUACCCAUUAAAUGUGAGGGUUGGAAUGGUAAAUUUGUUUAUCCACCCGGUUCUACAAAUAAUGUAUCAAAAGUACGGCGUUACAAUCAAAAUAUUACCGAUACUCAAAAUUUCUAUGGUUAUUGUAAUGAACCUAUAAUUUUGCCCACUGAGUGGGAUGGCACCUUCAAAAAAAGUGGUGAAGUUUUAAUGCAACAGGAACGUAAUCGUUCAGAUGAUUCCAAAUACUUUCAAUACAAUACCGAACCCACCAUUUUGCCUACUUCUUGGAAUGGUGAAUUCCAGACAGAUCCCAACGAUGUGCGCAUAUUACCCGAAAGGAAUUUCUCCGAUCCCCGUGAUUAUGCUGAAGCUAAUCGUUUCAAGCGUGUUAAUUAGAUAUUGACUGUAAGGCAAGCUAAAACUCAGCAAAUUUUUAAGUUCAUGAAUAACAUAUAUACGACAUCUAAUUUAUAUACUAAUGGGAAUAUUGAAAAUUUGUUUUUAAUUAAAACAUGUUUCUGUUUGUUACUUUUUUUGUUUAAAUCAUUAGUUUAUUAUUAGAUUUUAACCUAACAUGAUGUAGUUUUUAAGACAAAUUAUUUAUUUUUAUUUUUUUUUAAAUUA